AUGGCUUUCAAAUUCGUUGUACUCUCAGCUCUAUUGGCCGUUGCCAGCGCCGGUUUGCUGCAGCCCGUCACCUACGCCCACUACGCUAAUCCCGCCGUCGAUGCCGUCGCCUCCAGUCACCAGAACGUCGUACGCAAUUUCGAUGGUACUGUCUCACAGUACUCGAAGACCAUUGAAACUCCCUACUCCAGCGUUCACAAAUCGGAUACUCGCGUCAGUAAUAAUGUCUACACUCCUGCUCUGGCUAAGACUGUCACUUACGCAGCGCCUGCUGUAGCUAAAACGGUCUAUGCUGCUCCAGCUCCAACCGCUUACUAUGCACACUCCGCUCCAGUUGCUAAAACUGUAGCCUAUGCGGCGCCAGCUGUCGCCAAGACUGUGUCCUACGCUGCUCCUGCUCCUGUGUAUCAACAUGAGGUACCUGUUGCCAAAACUGUGACGUAUGCUGCCCCGGCUGUUGCCAACACUGUGUCCUACGCUGCUCCUGCUCCAGUUUACCAUCAUGCCGCACCUGUCGCCGUGCAUUACUCUCCAGCUGAGACUUCGUCUCACAUGAGCUUCGAUGGUUUCGGCACCCACUGGGGUUGGUAA